AUGCCUACCACCUUGGACCUUGAUCUAAGCAACGUCAAAGCUACUCUUCACGUCGAACCACCCCAGUUCCCGGGAACCUCCCCUUCCGGGCGUGUACCCUCUCGGGAGCCUACAACCUCGAGACCUAAUCCUAUCUACGACCUAUUCGAUUCCUAUAUUGACGUUCUAGCGAGUACAACUCCUACUACGCGAUAUUACAAGGUUCCAUCUAUCUACCUAACCUCCCUACGCCUUAGGGACCUCUCUGGACCUCCUAGGAACUCCCUCAAGGGUCACCAUCUCUUCACCCCAGCCACUACUAGGUCAUUCCUGUCCUCGGUCGCGGUUCCCGUAGCUCCCUUCGAGCUCCAGCCUGCUCCUAGCAUGCUACAACAUAAACCUUCAUACACCAAACCCUACCUUAAGACCUAUUUUGACCCAGGUCUUACAGUGGAACUCAGAGCUGGCUCGAUAAUUCGCAAGCACUCAUUCAGAUUAAAACAUGAAUUGAGUUGA